UUCACACGGAAACUUGCAUGAUAUUGCAAUGAAAAUGAAAAAGGCAUCCGUAUAGUUCUUGGAAAGUUCAAAGAGUUACUAGUCACACCAAAAGCAAUGUAAAAAGCAUCAAUAUGACACUUCAAAGCUCAAAGGGUUGCUGGUCACACCCAAAGCAAGCCACCUUUAAAGGAUCCCCUUGCUUGCAUUCACUCUCUUCCUAAUUUGUCAUUCACUUUCUUGAAUUAUAUUGACAACCCCUUCAUAAUUUUCUUUCUCCUCCUUUCAAAUCUUUACAAUUGUCUCUUCAUAAAUCUUGAUGGCUCUUGUCACUAGCGAAGGAGCCUCGUCUUCUUCUUUCACCCACCAACCCAAGAAGUUUGAUGUUUUCUUAAGUUUUAGAGGUGAGGAUACCCGUCUUGGUUUUAUAGGCUUUUUGUAUAAAGCUUUGUGUGAACGGGGUAUUAACACCUUUAUUGAUGAUAGCCUUCAAAGAGGGGAAGAAAUUUCUACAAGUCUACUCAAAAUUAUUGAAAGCUCAAGGAUUUCGAUAAUUGUAUUCUCUGAAAACUAUGCAUCCUCCACAUGGUGCUUGGAUGAACUUGCUAAAAUUGUUGAGUGUAAGAAUAAUGACCAAUUAGUGCGACCGGUUUUUUACAACGUAGAUCCAUCAGAAGUUCGCAACCAAAAAGGAAAGUAUGGAAAAGCAUUAUCUAAACAUGAAAAAAAAUUAAAGGAUAACAAGAAGUUGCAGAGCUGGAGGAAAGCUUUACGUGAAGCUGCCAAUAUAUCUGGUUGGCAUUACAAGCAUGACUGUACUGAAUUUGAAUUUAUCCAAGAAAUUGUUGAAGAUAUCUUAAAUUUUAAAUUAAAUCGGAUGCCAUUAUUUGUUGCCCAAUUCCCUAUUGGAAUAAAUUCUCGCGUAGAGGCCAUAAUAUUGCAAUUAGAAAUUGGGUCAAAUGAUGUUCGUAUGUUAGGUAUGUAUGGCCUCGGUGGAGUGGGUAAAACAACCAUUGCAAAAGCUGUUUAUAACAAAAUAUUUGAUCAUUUCGAAGGAAGCAGCUUUUUGGAAAAUGUUAAAGAUAAGUCAGGGACAUUUGAUGGCACUAUCCAACUGCAAGAGAUACUUCUUCGUGAGACCCUAGGGAUGAAUGGACAACUGAAGGUGUGUAGUGAAUCGAAAGGAACCAUUGCAAUAGAGAACAUACUUCGCAAUAAAAGAAUUCUUCUAAUUCUUGAUGAUGUGGAUAAAUUAGACCAAAUAGAAAGAUUGAUUGGAGGAUGUGAUUGGUUUGCUUCUGGAAGUCGAAUAAUUGUAACAACAAGAAAUAAACAUUUGUUACAAACUUUAAGAAUACGUCAUUCGACUUACAAGGUUAAGGGAUUAGAUGAUCAUGAAGCUCUUGAACUAUUUAGUAUGCAUGCCUUUCAUAAAAACAAACCCGAGGAAGAUUAUUCAAAACUUUCUGAUCAAGUUAUAUGUUAUGCAAAGGGCCUUCCAUUAGCUCUAACAAUAAUUGGUGCCAAUUUGUGUGGAAGAAGUGAAAUGGAAUGGAAUAGUGAAUUAGAUAAAUACAAAAUGAUUCCUGACAAAGAUAUUCAAAAAGUACUCCAAGUAAGUUAUGAAGGAUUGCAUGAAACAGAGCAAGAUAUUUUUCUCGAUCUUGCAUGUUUCUUCAAGGGUCUUUACAAGGAUUAUGUUGUAGAUAUACUAAAUUCUUGCAAUCUAUACCUAGUUAUUGGUAUUAAAAAUCUUAUAGAUAAGUGUCUCAUAACUGUUGAUCAAUUUAACAAAUUAUGGAUGCACGACUUGCUACAACAAAUGGGUAGAGAGAUUGUUCGACAGGAGUCACCACAAAUACCUGGAUUACGUAGCAGACUAUGGUGUUAUAAGGAUGCUUUUGAAGUACUAACAGAAAAUAAGGGAUCUGAUAACAUUCGAGGCAUAACGAUAAUCUCGCCUGAACCAACAAAGUUGCAAUUAAAAGCUAAUUGUUUUGAAAAGAUGGGAAAUCUCAAGUUCCUUUUGGUUGGUAAUGUUGAUACUUGUGGAGAUCUUGAAUAUCUUCCCAAUGGAUUAAGGGUGCUUGAUUGGUCUAGAUUUCCGUCAUCUUCCCUACCAUCCAAUUUUCGUCCUCACAACCUUGUUGUACUUAACAUGCCACAAAGUCCUGUUAUAUUGGACAAGAUUUUCAAGAGUAUACAAUACAAAAGCUUGACAUAUAUGAAUUUCAGUUCUUGUCAAUACAUUACAAAAUUACCGAACUUAUUGAGUGCCGCCCCAAACAUAAAGGAAUUGAAUCUCAGUAAAUGUCAAAAAUUAGUCAAGGUUCAUGACUCUAUUGGAUGUCUUGCUAAGCUUGAAAGUUGGGACCUCGGUGGUUGCUUUAAACUUCGAAUUCUUCCAAGCUGCAUCUCAAUGAAGUCUCUUAAACUUUUAAAUCUUUGUGGGUGCGAAAGGGUUAAGAGGUUGCCCGACUUUCCACAAGAAAUGGAAAAUUUGAUGUAUUUGAGUCUGGCAGACACUUCCAUUAGAGAGCUUCCUCCAUCAUUCAGGAAUCUCACUGGGCUUGAGCGAUUAGAUUUAGGUUACUAUUUCAAUUUGUGCCAUCUUCCAAGAAGCAUCUAUCAAUUGCAACAUCUUCGCAUACUCGUGCAUCAUGGUUAUGACCAAUUUUCAGCGGGUGUGGGGACCUAUAAUUUGCAGCAAUAUUUGUCAAAUUCUGGUUUUCCGAGGUUGAAUUUUCUUAAAAAGUUGACUUCUUGUUUCACCCUUCCAAAGAAAUGUUUAUUACCAAGGAGUGAAGAUUUGAGCCUCCAAGAAAGCAUUGUCAAAUUCAAUAGAUUACAAUUUCUUCAUAUUAGGGAUUCCAAGUUCCUUCAAAAAAUUCCUAAGCUUCCAGAAAGUAUAAGAGAAGUACGCGCAAUAAAUUGCUUCUCGUUGAAUUCAGAAUCAGUAAGAGAAUUAUUCCUUCAGUUUAGAAGAAAGUUAGAGCUUCCACAAAAUACAAAAUAUGGAGACAACAUUUUAAUGGAUUCUCAUUCACAGCGCAAAUUACCGCAUCAGGUUGAUUACUCUACCAAGAUUGAUUACUCUCUCUUCCACUACAAGCCCCCACACACUGUACAUGAGUUUCUGAUGGAUUCUACGAGGGAUUAUGGAGAGUCAUAUGAUAUUAUAGUAACAGGAAAGAAGAUUCCAAAGUGGUUUAACCAUCAAAGUACUGAAAGUUCCAUAUCAUUUUGGAUUGGUCCUGAAUUUCCAACAAUUGCAGUUUGUUUAGGUUUUCAUCUAGUUCCGUUGAAGGACAGUUAUGCUAAUAAUGACAAGUACGGUUCUGUUUGUGAUGAUGAAAUCAAUUGGAGUUGUGAUGUCAACGUUUUCACCAACGGUCAUACGCAACCUUUCACGCAGUGGGGGAAAUUUUAUAGUAUGAAGUGUGAUCAUCUGUGGUUUUACAGCGAUUCUCAUAGCCAAUUACAGCAAUAUUUUAGAAACAUAAUGCAAGGUGAUCGGAAUCUUGUUGAGGUUUCAUGUAAAAUCUCUUUGUGGAGUAGUAGAAACGGAAAAUUCGCUCCUGUGAUUGCAAGGAUGGGGGUACAUGUAGAAUGCAUUUGUCAUCCUCCAAAUUCUGUUAUCAUCGAUGACAACUCUCAAAAUGUUGAUGACAACUCUGACUACUCUAAAAAUGUUGAUGACAGUUCUGAUGACAACUGAGACAGAGCUUGCACCUUUACUAUCUCCUUUCUCCACUUCUAGUGGGACCAUCUUCAGUGCAUUCAAGCAAUGAUGGCUGAGAUUUGGUUUUGUCAUCAAUUUCCCAUAUGAUUCAAAUCGGUCUGACUUGGUUUUGGGAUUUGACUCAACUGUUGGAGUUGGGUUUGAUUUGGCUUCCUCUAGAAUGGCUGAACCGUCUGCAAACUAUGAUUCUGGCUUCAACCCAUAUCCAUAGUAGAAGAAAAUGAGAAGCUCUUGAUCAAAUUUUGAGGAAACAUGUCAAGGGUAUUCAAAUAAAUGUGCAACAAUGCUUCUACCAAGUGAGAAAUCAUAUGCAUAGAUUUGGUUACAGGGCAAGAUGGACUUCAGCUUAUGUCUCGUCUCUCCACUGUGACAUUCUCAGUUCUUGUGAACAGACCCCAACUGGCAUCUUCAGCAUUAUAGGGGUUUGAGUAAUGUGGAUUGUAGGAGCAACAGGAUUUAUUUUUUGGUUUCCAGGUGGGAAACGGAAAUGAGAUGUCACACUUCUUUAUAGAUGACCAUAUAUCAUCUUCUUCUGGAGAUGUACAACUGAACUAAGCUAUCUGAGUUGUCUGCUUCUUUUCUUUGAGACUCCCGAAUUAAAAAUGAAAUGGGUUCUAUGGGAGAGUAUUGGCAGUUGUUUAAGGCUAUAAGGUAGGUUCUCUUUUCAUGCCAAUAUAAGUUUGUGGUUGCUGCUAGAAACCAUGUUUUAGGCUGUUUGGAAUACUAAUGUUAUAAGUCAUAUUUAAUUUCCCAUUAUCAUUAUCUUCAAAACAAGCAAGUCCCAUAAAUUAUAUAUAUAUAUAUAUAUAUAUAGAGAGAGAGAGAGAGAGAGAGAGAGAGAGAGCUAAAGUCAUACAAUAUUUUAUAAAAAGCUAAUUUAGUGAGUGGUUAUUGGUAAGUAAAAAAUUUAUGUUCGUGGACCAAAUGAAAACCAGUAAGAAUUUGCGACAUCAAUAGUUUGUAAAAAUAACAUUACUCACUUAAAGAUUGAUUAUCUUCUUGAUGAAAAUUUACUCCUGUCAUGGUCAAGCAAAAUUAUGCUUGCCAUGUUAGAAUGAGAUGUUGGAGUAGAUUCUACCAUUAGGUAGACUUUCAUUCUUUUUAUUCAACAGUCCCAGAAUAUGAGUUUGUUGGGUAAUUUAAGGUAUUCUCUUCUUGAUUCUCGAAAAAAAAAAAAAGGUAUUCCCCUCUUUACUGAGAUUCAGGUAAAUCCUCACGUUAGUGCAAUAUUAUUCAUUUACUCAAAUUAUAGGUCUUCCACAGGUAAAUAUUUUUGUGAGAGGAUACAAUAUAUAUUGAAAUUUUUUCAUUUUAAACACUAUAGUUCAAAGAUACAACAAAUUAAACCCUGGGCUGAGUUUCAAAAAAAAAAUAAUAAUAACAACAAAGUAAAUUAUUAACUUAUAUUAAAGCUCAAAUAUAAUAUCAUUCUAUUUACAUAGUUGAGAGGUUUAAUUUGUUAUAUUUUAUUUUUACCUCACUCUGAUUUUAUGAAUAUAAUUUUGAGCAUCUCAUAUUAUACGUACACCCACCAAAUCUGGUCGGAGUUUGAUAAUCUCAUUGCAGCAUCAUGCUCAAAAUUUCAUACCCAUACGCAAUCUCUCACUUGGUCAAACUUUUAACAAUCCUUUUAUUUAUUAAUUUAUUUAUUUUUUGAGUCUUUGACUUACGCUUUAGGAAAUACUUGUUACACACAUCUUGUUGUACAGAUGCGAAAAUUGCAUUGAAAACGUGACUUGAAAUUGUUACUUUCAGACUUUGAAAUAUACUUGUUACAUAUUUUGUUGCACACACGUGAAAAUUGUACUGAAAACAUAACUUGAAGCUGUUCUCUUAGACUUUGAUUUCGCCUCAGUUGGAGUAUUGUGCUUGCAGACGUGCCAUCAGUGUUCAGAUAUGUUGAACAACCAUGCACCAAAUUCACUUAUGUGUCACAUGCAAAUCUUCAUAAUAAGAGUUCCAGCAUCGAUGUCUUUAAUCUGUAUUGAACACUUAAUGCAUUAAAUUUGACAGUGAUCUUUUGUCAGGCAAUAGAACUCAUGGUUGUUGAUGCCCUGUUAAAAUCAAAUGAUUAGCUUGACAUUGCAUCCUCAAUUCAUUAACCGGCAGGAUUUUGGAAGUUAGAUGACACAAAAAUCAUUGAAAUUUCUAAUACCCAAGAGCUCAAGGAAGCAAGAGACAUUAUCCAACGCAUUCAAAGAAGGGAGCCAUAUCAGUUCUGCAAUGAGUUCUCUGUCCCAAAGGACAAGAUGGGACACUUCAAAAAGAUCACUCCCCAAGAUAUCAUUCGCU